AUGGCCAUUCAUCCUUCCGAGCUCGCUAUAGUUCAGCCCAAGGCUGUUCCCCAAGGUACACCGGAUUACGAGAAGAAGAGAGCAUCAAUUCUUGAAGCCUUUGCGGAAAAAGUGCCUCGCGAACUACGCCUGUCUUCAAAGAUUUUCACCAAUCCACCAAAAGAUGUAUCUGAAGUACCAAUUACCUGUGGUAUACUCACACCCACCGAGAUCGACAUCACCGAGCAGUAUGACGCAGUAGGCCUUGCCGAAGCCAUUGCCGCACGCAAGCUGUCAGCGGUCGAAGUGGCCACUGCAUUUUCAAAACGCGCUAUCAUUGCACACCAGUUGACGUGCUGCUUAACGCAAUGGUUCAUGGAUGACGCUCUCAAGAGGGCGCAAGAGCUGGACGACUACCUGGAAAAGAACGGAAAGACGAUUGGCCCACUUCAUGGAGUUCCUAUUAGUAUCAAAGAGCACAUGCCCAUCGCCCGGACUUAUUCGUCUCAAGGCUCGUUUGCGAGUACUGUAUUCAAUGAUAAAGAUUGCCUACUAGUGUCGAUGCUAAGGAAUAUGGGGGCGGUGUUCUACUGCAAGACAAACCAGCCCCAAACGAUUAUGCAUCUGGAAACGACAUCUCACUACGGCCGGACGUUGUGUCCUUUCAACAUCGAUCUCAGCGCAGGUGGCUCAUCCGGUGGCGAAGCUGCACUUGUGGCAAUGAAAGGAUCUGUACUCGGUGUAGGGACAGAUAUUGGGGGUAGUAUAAGGGGCCCAGCCGCGUUUUGCGGCAUCUAUGGAUACAAGUCGACUUCUUACAUGUUACCGAUGAAGGACUUCAUCGCACAUGCAUUCUCAGCAGAACUCAAUAUUUUGUGUAGUACUGGUCCGUUUUGCCGGAGCUUGCGAGAUAUGGAUCUUUUCAUGACGACUGUUUUGGGUCAGAAGCCCUACUUGCUGGAUCCGAAAGUAGUGCCACUUCCUUGGACGGGCUUGGCGACCGAGAUGAGGAAGCCAUUGAGGAUUGGUAUCGUCGAGAACGAUGGCUUUGUCGAUCCUCAGCCACCAGUAAAGCGCGCUAUAGCAUGGGCUCGUGAGCGUCUCUCGAACCGUCAGUAUUCCGACGUUGUUCAAGUGAAGCCGUUCAUGCCCUAUAAGGCGCAAGAAGCAUGGAAACAAAUCCGACGUAUGUACUGGCCAGGUGGCGGCAAACUAGCGAAAGAAGACAUCAUGUCUACAGGCGAGCCAGUACUACCCCUCAGUGAUUGGAUCUGGAAAGACGCAGAGCCUCACGGUAUGCUGCAUGCCGAAGAUGUCAAUGAGCUACGUGCCGCUCGCGACAAGUUCCGCUACGAAUUCGCUGACAGCUGGAAUGAGCAAGAAGUCGACGUUAUCAUCGGUCCUGCAUUCGUUGGACCGGCCUCUGCGCAUGAUACAGCGUUUUAUUGGACAUACACAAGCUUAUAUAACUUCGUCGACUACCCGGGAGUAGUUGUGCCUACGCCGAUCAAAGCCAAGGCUAAAGAGGAGUAUGCCGCGGACCACAAGCCAUUGAGUGAUGAGUGUAAGCAUACCAAAGAGUUAUGGGAGGGUUCGAAUUUCGAGGGGGCGCCGAUUAACCUCCAGGUUAGUGCGAGAAGAUACCACGAUAACGACUUGUUUGGGGCAUUGGCGGUUUUGAAGGAUAUUUUGGAUCUGCCUUAG